UGUUAACUUUACCCCCAACUAAUUUACACCUCACUCACACAGACAUGAUGAAACGCGCACACGCACGCACGUUGUCGCCAGUGGAGACACGCGGGCCACCGUGGACUGCGGUAUAAAACAGAAGAGCCAGAUUGUCACAAAACUCUACGUAAAAGGAUUGGCGCGUGAGAGAGGAGAGGAGACGAACCAGACAUGAAUAGAGCUACUAAAACCCACAUGACCUCUCCCAUGUUUUUCCCUGGCAUGGGUAUGGCCCCUUUUUUCAAGGUGACUGUGUUUGAGCAGGAGCACUUCCAGGGCAAGUGCCAGGAGUUUACCUCUGAGUGCUGUAACAUCCAGAACUGUGGUCUGGACAACAUCCGUUCUAUCAGAGUGGAGAGUGGAGCCUGGGUGGGCUUUGAGCAUCAUGACUUCCAGGGCCAGCAGUUCAUCCUGGAGAGAGGAGAGUACCCCCACUGGGACGCCUACAGCGGCUCCCUGUCCUACCACGUGGAGCGCCUCAUGUCCCUGCGCCCCAUCUACUGCGCU